CCUCCUCCUCGCUGCCCACCGGCCUGCGGCACCUCUCCGCGGCCUCCGGCCCCACCAGCGCACAGACAAUGACUUCAUGCGGAUUAUGCAUCUGAAGAAAUCACCAGCUCCCAGAUAGCCACAGGGGGAGGUAUCCAUGUGUUUGGCAGGGAAGCAGCCUCCUGCUCGCCUCCCUUCUCCUCCUCUCCUCUCCUCGCACCCGGCAGCUGCCUCCUCUCCGGCGAUGGUCGCCCGCGGUCCCCCCGCGCGGUGCUGAGCGAGGGCCCCGGCGCAUCCCCCGCUCCCACGCUUGCACCAAGGUACCGCCGAGGCUAUUUUUAUUCCCCACCACCACCCCCCGGGCUUCUUUUCCGGUUCACCCGCCGCUGCCGGGCUCGGUGCCUCGGCACCCUCCGUGCCCGCACGUCUCCCGCUCCCCGUUUUUCCCAGCCGGCGGCGAGAGGCUCAUCCCAAAUCCCGGCCCCCCCCCAUCGCAGCGGCAGCGCAGCCAGCCCAGCUCCGGCCACGGCCGCCGGCCCCGCUCCCAGAGUGGCCACCCCGGGGCGCUGGCACGGACCAUGAUGGACCUGAAAGUGGACGAGGAGGAGGUGGACAGCGGGCAACCGGUGAGCAUCCAGGCCUUCGCCAGCAGCUCCACCCUGCACGGGCUCUCGCACAUCUUCUCGUACGAGCGGCUCUCGCUGAAGCGCGUGGUGUGGGCGCUCUGCUUCCUGGGCUCCCUGGCCCUGCUCGCCCUGGUCUGCACCAACCGCAUCCAGUACUAUUUCCUGUACCCCCACGUCACCAAGCUGGACGAGGUGGCGGCCACCAGGCUCACCUUCCCCGCCGUCACCUUCUGCAACCUCAACGAGUUCCGCUUCAGCCGCGUGACCAAGAACGACCUGUACCACGCCGGGGAGCUGCUGGCCCUGCUCAACAACAGAUACGAGAUCCCAGACAUCCAGACGGCCGACGAGAAGCAGCUGGAAAUCCUGCAGGACAAGGCGAACUUCCGCAACUUCAAGCCCAAACCUUUCAACAUGCUGGAGUUUUACGACCGGGCCGGCCACGACAUCCGGGAGAUGCUGCUGUCCUGCUUCUUCCGCGGGGAGCAGUGCACCCCCGAAGACUUCAAAGUGGUCUUCACCCGCUACGGGAAGUGCUACACCUUCAACGCAGGGCAGGACGGGAAGCCCCGGCUCAUCACCAUGAAGGGGGGCACUGGCAACGGCCUGGAGAUCAUGCUGGACAUUCAGCAGGACGAGUAUCUGCCAGUGUGGGGGGAAACAGACGAGACCUCGUUUGAAGCCGGGAUCAAGGUGCAGAUCCACAGCCAGGACGAGCCCCCCCUGAUCGACCAGCUGGGCUUCGGGGUGGCCCCUGGCUUCCAGACCUUCGUGUCCUGCCAGGAGCAGCGGCUCAUCUACCUUCCCCCUCCCUGGGGCGACUGCAAGGCCGUGGCGGGCGACCUGGAGUUCUACGACAGCUACAGCAUCACGGCGUGUCGGAUCGACUGCGAGACGCGGUACCUGGUGGAGAACUGCAACUGCCGCAUGGUCCACAUGCCAGGAGACGCCCCUUAUUGCACCCCGGAGCAGUACAAGGAGUGCGCCGACCCCGCCCUAGAUUUCCUGGUGGAGAAGGACAACGAGUACUGCAUCUGCGAGAUGCCCUGCAACAUGACCCGCUACGGCAAAGAGCUCUCCAUGGUCAAGAUCCCCAGCAAGGCCUCGGCCAAGUACCUGGCCAAGAAGUACAACAAGUCGGAGCAGUACAUCGGGGAGAACAUCCUGGUGCUGGACAUCUUCUUCGAAGCCCUGAACUACGAGACGAUCGAGCAGAAGAAGGCCUACGAGGUGGCGGGUCUGCUGGGUGACAUUGGGGGGCAGAUGGGGCUGUUCAUCGGGGCCAGCAUCCUCACAGUGCUGGAGCUGUUCGACUACGCCUACGAGGUGAUCAAGCACCGGUUGUGCCGGAGGGGCAAGUGCCGCAAGAACCACAAGAGGAACAACACGGACAAGGGCGUCGCGCUGAGCAUGGACGACGUGAAGCGCCACAACCCCUGCGAAAGCAUACGGGGGCACCCGGCAGGGAUGACGUACGCAGCCAACAUCCUACCUCACCACCCGGCCCGGGGCACCUUCGAGGACUUCACCUGCUAACCGACGUCUGGAUGUACAGCCUGAGCUACCAAAGCCCCUGCGCGGGCAGAGCUGCCCUCCCCCCUGCCAGCGCCAGCGGAGGGACACACCACGGGGGCCCCCCGCUCCUCGGCACGGAGGGACGCGGACACGAGCGGCGGCCUCGCAUUUCGGGGCAGGCAGCCGGGAUUGGGGCGAUGCCCCCACGCCCGCCCCGCUCGCUCAGAGACUCCAGGGCGCUCCGGCCCGGCGGGGACGACACACACGCACAGGGGCCGGGGCAGGGCCAGCCCCGGCUCCCCCCACCCCAAACCCCCCGGCUCCCCUCGGCCUUUUUAACGACGAACCCAGAAGCCAAGAAGAAGCAGCCGUUGGGCCGCAGUCUCCAUCCACAGCCCUGUCCGUCUGUCCAUCCUCGUCUCCAUGCCCAGCCCACUCCCAGCGCCUCGCCCGCCGCUUGCCGGGACCCCCCCAUCAUUCUCGGAUCGUGGAGGGGCCCCAGGGCGUGGUUGGGGGUCCCUGGAGAGCCUCAGUGUCCCCUGGGACCGUCACCCCCCUGGGCUCUCCCGGUCGCUCCACGAGCACCACAACGCGGCAUCUCCCCCUGUCCAGAACAUCUUCCUCGGCCCCCGACAGCAGCUGCCCCCCCGGGGAUUUUUGGGGUGCCAGGGGCCUCGCUGCCCCUCCCUGGCAUGCACAGCCCUGCCCUGGGGGGGUCUGGGGGUCUCUGCUUCCCCCCACAGCGCCCUCAUUCACUCCAGGGUCUGCAUUCGGCCCCCCCAGCCCCCACACACCAGGCCAGAGCCCUCGCCGGGCCCAAGUGCUUCUUAUCUUUAAGAGCUUUUUUUGCAAUAAGUCUUUUUUAGUAAUUUUUUUUUUUUUUUUAUUUCCAAGCUGCCGUUUUAGGUUUUUAUUCCUGCCAUAUUUUUUUUUAUUUUUUUUUUUUAAUUCUUAUGCUUUGCUUCCUGACCAAAAUUGGGGAACUGGGGGUCAGUCCUUUCUGCCUGUCCAGCGAUCGCCCAAAGACGACGGGGUCGGCCACAUCCAUAAAUUUUCUUAUGGAUUUUUCCUAGUGUUUCCUAGUGGCAUUUCGUUUAUUUAUUUGCUUUCCCUCCUUCCCUUCUUUCCCCUUCAAGCUGUUAAAGAUGGGGCUGGGGUUUGACCUUGAGGCUCACCUGUUGAAGAAAACGCUCUUUUGUUAUUAUGCCAUCCGCAUUUUAUAUUUCUUAUAUAUAAUAUAUAUGACUAUAUAUAUAUGUGUACAUAUAUAUAUAAAUAUCUAUAUGCAUCAUGCCAGUGUAGAUACCCAUCCAAGUAGCGUUUAGGCCUUGUUCUUGUGCCAUUUUCUUCCUAAUUUUUUUUUUUCUUUUUUCUUUUCUGUUACUGAUCUCUGAAUGCCUUCAAGUGUAAAAAAAGUGUGGAAUUCUCUCCGGUAUCUGUACUAUGUACACACAUUUUCAUAGGAAGCACAAUAAGAUGACAGAUGCAUUGUACAUCAAUACCUGCUACUCUUAACGACGAUAUAAAGAAUGAUAUAAAUGACAUAAA